CUCCUAAAUUCAAUUAAAAUUCUAGUUAUUAGAAAGUGAGUGGAUAUGUUUAUCAAUAUGUUGAUUAUGCAUGAAAACUAUUAUUAGGUGUCACUACCUCCCUCUAAUUCAAUGAAAAUUCCCAUUUCAUGCGACAUGACCAAGAGCAUCAUUGAGAUCAUAAAGAAAUUUGAUGAGAUUGCACAUGAUAGAAAAGUUCUUCAUCUUAGUGAAAAAGAAGCACAAAGGAGGCCUCCUUCCAAUAAUGUUAUAAAGAGGUCACCAACAAGUUCUCUUCAGCUUGAAUAUGAUGUUAUUGCAAGGGAGGAUGAAAAGAGAAAGAUAAUUCAAUUGUUAAUGUCUCAUGCAGAGGCAGACAACAUUGUAAUUCCCAUUGUCGGCAUGGGGGGUGUGGGAAAGACAACACUUGCUCAACUCGUAUACAAUAAUCCUGUGGUAUGCCAAUAUUUUUACUGGAAGGUGUGGGUGCAUGUCUCUGAAGAAUUUGAUGUUCUAAGAAUAACACAACAAAUUGUGACAUCUAUUUUGGGUUCAUCCAGACACAAUGAUAUUUAUAACUUAAAUGAUCUUCAUUGUCUACUCAAGAAGACUCUAUUUGAUAAAAAAUAUCUUAUUGUCCUUGAUGAUAUUUGGAACAAGAGAUUAGAUUUGUGGGAGGCCUUCCAAGCACCCUUUUAUGGUACUGGAAUGGGAAAGAUUAUUAUAACAACUCGAUAUAUGCCAGUUGUUGAUAUCAUGCAAACAAUGUCCCCACUUCAACUUGAAUGCUUAAAUGAAGAAAAGUCAUGGUUAUUGUUCCAAAGACAUGCCUUCCAUGGUUGGAAGCCGGAUCAACAGCUUAAUUUUGAACAACUUGGGAGGAGAAUUGCCAAGAAAUGUGGCGGAUUGCCUUUAGCUUUAAAAACUAUUGGGGUGUUUCUACGAAAUGAAUUUAAUAAGCAAACAUGGAAGGAUGUGUUAAACAAUACUUUAUGGGAACCCAAAGCAAUUAUUUUGUCAACACUAAGGAUAACCUACAAUCACUUGCCAUCAUAUCUUAAACCAUGCUUUCUUUAUGCAUCGUUGUUCCCAAAGGAUCAUUACUUUAAGAAAUUAGAAUUGAUAAGAAUGUGGAUCGAUCAAGGUUACAUUCAACUCACAGAAAGACAAAUUUUAUGGGAAGAUAUUGCAAUUGAAUACUUUGAAGACUUGGUGAGAAUGUUGUUUUUUCAAUGCUCAAAAGAUAAAGGAUUCUUUUUGCAUGAUAUGGUGCAUGAUUUAGCUCAAUCUAUAACUGUUGACCUCGAGGAGCUGCAGAAUACAGAGCAGAGAAUUGAUGAGAUUAAAAGGAUAUGGAUUGAGACUGUUGAAGCGUUAGAUGAGGUGAAAAAUGCUACAUUCAUUUUCAAUUUACUUGAUGAGGUUAUUGAGGAGAUUGGAGAGCAAUUGGUUAUCCAGGUAGUGACUAAUAAUGCCAGUGCAUAUAAGCAGCUGGUCUUAAGCUUGAUGAGAAAGUUUUCAAAGAAGGAAAUCAUUCGCCCUGCAACCACUAGGUUUGCCACAUCCUAUUUGACACUGCAGAGCCUGAUGGAAGUGAGGCAACCUUUGGAAGCAAUGUUUACAUCAACUGAAUGGCUUAACUCUGCUUGGGGGAAGAAAAGUGAGUGGAAGGAAAUAAGAAAGAUUAUUCUGAAUGAUAAAUUUUGGGCUAUUGUGACCUAUGCCAUAUUGAGCACGAGACCCUUAGUGCAAGUACUAUGCUUAGUGGAUGCAGAGAAGAAACCAGCUAUGCGUUUUAUUUAUAAUGCUAUGGAUGAGGCCAAGGAGUUGAUUGCACACAACUUGGGAGGAGAGGAGGCAAAUUAUAGGGAGAUUUGGGAUAUCAUUGAUGCUCGGUGGGAGGUGCAGUUACACCGUCAUCUACAUGCAGAGGCAUAUUAUCUCAAUCCUCAAUUUCAAUAUUCAUAG